AUGCAAUAUAAUUUGGAGACUAAUUUUCAAUUCAUAAGUAGCCAUGUCUUUUGUUUUUUAAAUGAUAAUAACAUAUGUUUCCUUGAUUUAGUAAAAAAUGAAAAAAAAUAUUUAUGUAUUAUUUCUAAUGACAACUUAAAAGAGGUUCAAUAUGAAUCGGAAAAUUCAAAAGAUUUAAAAAAAGAAAUAAAAAUAAAGUUAAUAAAGAGUAUAGAUAAAAAAGUAAAUCAUACAUAUCAUAUAAAGAGUUUUUUUUGUAAUAAGCUAAAUCGUUCCUUAGUAUUAGUCAUUAAUAACAAUUUUAUUAAUAUACUAUAUUAUAUUACAUUUGAGAAUGAUGACUUGAAUUAUUUUGAAGUAAAUUUCACAAAAGAAAUAAAAUCACUAAUAAAAGACAUUAUAUUAACAAAUGAUAACAUUUUUGUUUUAUUAAAAAGAGAAGAAAAUAAAAAAAAUGAAAGUACCUUUAAUAAAAUAAAAUUAAAUAACCAAGAAAAUAAUAUAAUAAAUAUCGAUGAAAAUGAAGAAAAAGAAAGCGUAGUAAGUUGUAGUAACACAACUAAUAUGAAUGCUAAUAUUUCUAACAAUGUAAAUAUAAGAAAUAAUAAUAAAGAAUAUUUUAUUUAUAUAUUUCAAUUAUUAAAUAAAAAAGAAGUAACUUUAAAAAAAGUUCUCAUUCCAAAUAUUUCUAUAAAUAUAAAAAAAAUUAUCUUAUGCCCUUAUGACGAAAGUAAGAUUAUUCUAUUAUCAAAAAAAAGUAUUGUUUUUAGUACCUUGAAUAAAAAUUCCGUUAAUUUAAAAAAUAUAAACGUAUCAAAAGAGUUGAUUUUUAAUGAUUUAAUUAUUACAGCAACAUGGAUAGAUUUCUAUAUAUUUAUUAUAUGCUUUUCAAAUAAUAAGCUUCUCUUUUUUAAUUUUUCAAAUGGUUACAGACACUUCUUAUGUUUUAAAUGCUUCAAUAAUUAUUCCAAAAUAACAUCUUUGUUUUAUAAACAAAACUAUUUAUUUAUUUCAUUUAAAACAAAAGAAAUUAUAUGUUUUAAAAUAAAUUACGACUCAAUGCCCCUUCAUAUUUUUAAAAAAGUUAAUUCUGUUGAAGGAAAUUACAUAAAUGUUAAAUAUUUAUUUAAAAAAAAUAAAAAAGUUAAAAAGAAAAAUAUAAAUAAAAUCGAAUGUUCUAUUAAUAAUAAGAACUUAAUAAAGGGCAAGAAUAGUGAUGAACUAUAUUUAGCUACUUUAGAUAUAAAUAAAAAUAAUAAAAACAUACUCAAAGAAUUUAAAAACAAAGAAAUUUAUACUAGAGAUAAAAAUUAUAAGAAAUAUAUUUUUAAUACAUAUAAAAAUACCUUUGACAAUAUUUUAAAUGAAAUAAACGAAAUAGAAAGUAAAUUAAAUUCAAAAAAUUGCAAUUUAUUAACUUCACAAGAUAAAAGAACAAAUAAUUUUAAAAGAACUAUGAGUAGUAACACUCUAAGAGUAUAUAAUGCUUAUUUUGAUUCAGAUUUAUUCUCGAAAUGUAAUUAUGAUAAUAAUAAUAAUAAUAAUAAUAAUAAUAAUAAUAAUAAUUAUAAUAAUUAUAAUAAUUAUAAUAAUAAUAGCGAUAAUAUCUUUGAUUUUCAUAAAUUAAAAAAGAAAAAAAAAAAAAAAUUUUCUAAUUUUAAUUAUGAUGAGGAAAAAAUAAUUGAUUUUCUUGGUGUUGUUUCAAUAAUCAAUUUACAGAAAUAUUUAGUUAACGAAAUUAAUAAUUUUUAUAUUUUUUUAAAUUAUUUAUUUAUUUUAUUGGACAGUGGCUUAUUAUAUUAUACUAAAAAUUUCAAUGAAAAAAAUCUUAAUUUACAAGAAUUUUCUAACUUUUAUUUUUGUUCUCAUUAUUCAUUAAAUAAAAUUGUUGAUAUAAAAAUAAAAAAUUCUGAAAUAUAUACUUUAGAUAAUCUGCAUAUAUUAAAGAACUAUUCCUUAAGAAAUAACCAAUUAAAUAUCAUUUAUACAAAAGAGAAGAUAAGACAUUUUAACUGUUUUUCAAUUUUGGAAGGAAACAUUUGCUUAUUUUUAUCUUUAAGUGAUGGUUCGUUUUAUAUUAUUAAUGUAAGUAAUCAUAAAAUUUUGCUAUAUAACAAACUAGAAAAUUUUUUGAAUAAAAGAACUGUUUUAAAUAAACAUAUUGAAUGUAGCAUCUUUAAUAAAUUAAAUGAACAUAUUCUUAAUGGAUAUUUUAAAAUAGAAAAUUACUUUAUUUAUUUUUAUUUGAUUUAUUCAGUAUCACAUCGAAAAUUAUUUAUUUACUUUAUUUAUAAAAUCAAUAUAAAAAAAUUGUUUAGAAAUAUAGAAGAGUGUUUAUGUAUUGAAAAAAAAAAUAAACUAACUUAUUUGCUACCCAAUUUUUCUAUAUAUAAAAAUGAUCAACAUGAUUAUUUUUGUUUUUUAUCAUCGGAUGAAAGUUUAAGAGACUUUUAUUUUUUUUUUAUCGAAUUAGCAAAUGAGGAAGAUAUAGAAAAAAAAAAUAAAAUAAAUGUCUUUUUUUAUCCUAUUAAACAAAAAAAUAUUGUUUAUGGGAAGAUAAUAGGAAAUUAUUUAAUUAUAAUUGAUUAUUUUUUAAAAAUAUAUUUUUUUUAUAUAAAAGAUAUUUUUUGUGAUUAUACAAGUAAUAUUCAGAAUGAUAAUUUUGCAUUAAUUGAAAGUAAAGAAAAUUUUGUAUAUAGAAUAAAAAAAAAAGGUGGAUUAAUUAAAGAAAGUAAUAAUAUGGUUAAUUGUGAUAUAGAAGAUACUAUAGAAAAGUUUUUUUUAAAAAGAAGAAAAAAAAAAGAAAGAAGUGAUAAGGAUUUCAAAAAUAAAAAGACAGAAACAAAUAUAUAUCCCUUGGAAUUAGGAGAAAUAGAAUUUCGUUUAAAUAUAAAUAAAGAAAAAUUACAAUUUAUAAAUGAAAGAAUGGAAGAUAAAAAUAUAUGCCAUUUGGACAUUAUUACUAGUGAAAAUGUUUUAAUAACUUUUUCUUUUAAUUGUCUUUCUUAUCCUUUUGAAAUAAAGUCACAAAUUGACAUGAGUAUUCAACCUUAUCUAGAAAAAAUAAAUUCUUUUUAUCAAAUAAAAAUAAAAAAUAAAAUGUAUUACUUAUUUUUAAAUAAUAAAAAGCAUCUUCAUUUAAAAGAAAAUAUAUCUUCAAGCUAUGUGGAUAAAGUAGAAGGAAAAAAUAAAAUAAAAAGAGAGAACAAUAGCAUUAUUUUAAAUAAUAAUUUAGCAAAUUCAUGCUUUAGAAGUAUUUUUACUAAAAAUGAUGAUGAAAAAUUAUGUUUUUUUUUAAAUGAAUUAAGUGAUCCUUAUUUUUAUUCUGAUGAAAUGUAUUUCUGUCUAAAAAACUUUAAUAUAAAUUUUUUUAAAAUUACUAAUACUUCAUGUAGAAAAAAUAUUUAUAACAAAAGAAAAAAAAAUUUUUAUGAUAUAAUUUCAGCAGAAAAUAAUAAACAAAAAAAAAAAAAAAAGGAGAAAUCAGAAAAUAAAAUUGUAUCAAAAACAACCAAUUUUUUUUUCGAUAGUGAGUCUAUCAUAUUUACAUUUCUUAAUGAAAAUAAUUAUAAAUUUUCUUUUUCAUCGUGUUUAAAAAAUUACAAAAAUAAAUUUUAUUUAUGUGAUUUAUAUAAAAAAACAAAAGAAGAAAAAGAACAAAUUAAUGAUUUAAGAAACCAACUAAAAAAGUUAAUAGAUGAAAACAACAAAAAUACCUUUGUAAAAUUAGAUAGAAAUACAUUUUUUUUUGAUAAAAAGCAUAUUAAUGAGUCAGAAAUACUUAUCAGCGAGUUUGAACAAAUCAAAAGAAUGUUUGAAAAACAAAAAAAAGAAAAAGAAAGAAUCAUAAAAAAGUUAGAAUAUAAAUGUAAUAUAUUGAAUGAAAUAGAUUUCUUGUAUGGAUUUAAUAAUAAAUCAUAUAUAGCAAAUACGUAUAAAAAAAAAAAUACUAACUGUUGUUUUAUGUAUAAAAAUAAAAUAAAAUUUUUAAGAUUUCUUCAAAUCAAAGAGUUAUAUUUUUUACAAAAUGUUGAUAAGAAUAAUGCUUUAUUUUUUUUGAAAACUCAAAAAGAUUACAUUGAUCGCUAUUUAGAAGAUUUUUCUUCUGUCUUUUUUAUACAUUAUUAUCCAUGUGCUAAUAUUAAUUUGAAUUUUCUAUAUUCUAAUUUAUUUAGUUCAAAUGCUUCAGAUACUGAAAUAGACAGUGUUCAAUGGAAUUAUUUAUUAUAUUAUCCCUAUGAAUUGUUUACAAAUUCAAGAAAAAGGAUUCAAUGCUACGUUUUGCAGUUACUAAUGGAUCAACAAAGAAAAAAAUUUCAUAUGAAUUUUCUAAAUUUAAAAGAAGAAAAAAAGAAUUAUUUAAAAGAAAUAUAUUUCUUAUCAAAUAGACUUAAAUUGUGUUUAGAAGAAAUAGAAAAAUAUAUGACAAAAUCUUUUUCUUAUAAGAUUGAUAUAAACUUGUUUAAAAAAGAUUACAUAAAGAAAGAAAAAAAUGAAGUAAAUAUUUCUAAUGUAUUUGAUCCAUAUAUUUUUUUAAAAAUACAGUUAAAUAAAUUAAAAAUGGAAAGUGAAAAUAAGUAUAACUCAAUAUUAGACAAUAAUGAAAAUAUUAAUAAUUUAAACGAAAAAAAAUCAUAUGGAUUUUUUAACUUAAAAAAGGAAUCAAACAAUAUUACUGAAAAAUACAUUCUAAAAAAUAACACAAAUAAUGAAUAUAAUGAAAAUGAUCAAAAAAAUAAAACUUGUGACAAUAUAAAUUCAGAAAAUUCAGAUAUAUAUGAAAAAAAAAAAAAUGAUAUUAAGAAUAAAAUUAUUGAUAUAAAAAAUUACAUAUAUCAAAUAAAUGAGCAAUGUGAAGAAUUUAACGAAAAAUUAAAAUUAUUACAAAAAAAAAAAUAUAACAUACAUAAACUAAUAAUAUUACAUGAAUUUUAUUGUAUUUCUAUAUAUGCACUUUUAAAAAAUGAAGAAAAUAAAACAAAAAUUUUAGAAAAUACAGAAAAGAAGCAAACUAAAGUCGAAAUUCUUUUAAAGGAGCUUAGCAUUUUAUUAAAAAAUAUGAAUUUAUUAGAGGUUGAUAAUGAAUUGCUACAAGAAAAGAAGAAACUUAUAAUAGAAAAGUACAAUAACAAUUUAAAAUUAAACGAAUUGUUAAUAGAUAAAAAAAAAAGUUUUGAAAAAAAGUUUGUACACGAAUGUUUGAAUUUUGACGUUUUAGUAGAACAAAAAUAUGAAAAUGUUAUUGGCUAUGAUUUUGAUUCAAAAAAAAAUAUUUUUUUAAAAAAAAAGGUUAUUCAAAAACAUGUAUUGGAAGUUAAUCAAAUAAUACUUGAAAAUUUUGAGUUGCAACAAAAUAUUACAAAAAUAAAAGAAGAAAUUUAUAAAAAUAAAAUUAAAAAUAAUUAUUUAAAUUUUUUAAUAACUGAUUUAGACGAAAGUAUUAAUGAUGUUAAAUAUUUAAAACAGAACUGCGAGUUUUUAUCUUGUGAUAUAAAUAAUGUAAUGAGUUCAUUAGAAAAAAAAAAAAAUGAUAGAGAAAGUAUUUUCAAAAUAUCAGAGAAUAAAUUAAGAGAACAAAUAAACCUUGUUGAUUCAAAAAUAUUAGCAAUAAAAAAUGAAAAUAUCAUUUUGGAAGAAAAUAUGCAAAGUCUAAUAAAAGAUAUAAAUGAAAUAUACUUACAAAGAGGUAAUUCAAAUUUUCUAUUAAAAAUCGAUUCCUUAGAAUUUCUAAAAGAAGAUGAAGAAAAAGAAGCAGAUGUAGAAAAAGAAGAAGAAAUAGAAAAACAAAUAAAGGUAGAAACAGAAAUAGAAGGGAUAAAGGAAGAAGAAAAAGCAGAAGUAAAAGAAGCAAAAGAAGUAGAAGAAAAAAUAGAUAAUAAAAAAGGAGAGAAUGAAAAGAAUAAAAAUGAAAAAAAAGGGGAAGAAGAUAAAAAAAAAUUAAAAAUACUGUGUACAAAUGAUAUUUACGAAAAAAGUGUUUUAUUAAAAAAAAAGUAUAAAUAG